AGGAAUCAAUGUGUUAAGUGCACAACUGCAUCAUCAGGAGAGUUGCAAUUUCUCCUACUUUUGUGCUAUUUCACUAACACCCCCCUGCUGUAACCAACCUGCCUGUCAUGACUUCUUGUCAUCUGAUGAAAGCAAUAAAAGUCAAAUUGAUGGUGACAUCAUCAGACAACACAGACAAAGGACAGUGAAGCCAAACUGCAGAUGCACACUGUAUAAAGAAGCAGAAAAGGAAAUCAGUAAUUCAACGCAAUGGAUUUUAACUGCCAUAAAACACACAACAAAACAACUAUCAUUUUGGAUGAUUACUAAGGAAGUAAUGACACGUACCAAAUACCACAUAUUAUUAAUCCAUGCUAUUAACUCAUGGAUGCCAACUGCACCAAGAUAACUUGCUAACAGGCACAAAUACCAUCCAAUAAUAAAGAGUAUGAGGUGAUCCAAAAAAGGAAUGUGUCAUUAUGGAUGGCAACUGCUGUAAAACACCAGAAAAGAAACACUGACUGCUUUAAAGACACCAUCAUUACUAAAUUUCGCUUUUGUGACUCCAGAAUUAGCAUUCCUCUUUGCUUCUUUCACUGUUCAGUAACAUGUCAUGAAUGUGAAAAUGGAUGGAAAUCUAAGCAGACGAGAUGGUUAUGUGCCACUUUUGGAGUCAAACGGUUAUACAGUGAAGAAGCUGCUAGGGAUUGGAGCUUUUGGUCAUGUGUACGAGUGCAUGAAAUUGGACACCACAGACACAGUGGCUAUUAAGGUUAUACCAAGGUAUCAAGCAGAGUUUGGUCAAGAAGAGGUGCACAACCAUGAACAACUCCGAGCCUUUGACCCAGACCUCAACAACUUCAUCCGGUUUAACAGGCAUUUUGGGCUCAGUGGACAUGUUUUUCUGGAAUUUGAAAGACUUGACAUGACUGUUCUGGAUCUUUUUGAGAGCUCUGUAAGACCAUUCCAUUUGUCUGAAAUUCAGGUGAUCACACAACAGAUCCUGGUGGCUCUGAACAUUCUCAGGAGCUUAGGAAUGAUACACAGAGACAUCAAGUUAGACAAUAUAAUGUUAAUCAAUCAUCGGCUACAUCCUUUAAGGGUGAAGCUAAUUGACUUUGGUUUGGCAUGUAAAGUUAAAGAACUGUCCAUUGGUGAAAUCUUGUACAUUCCCGAGCACCGGGCGCCUGAAGUGUACCUGGGCCUUCCCCUGAAUGAGGCUGUGGACAUGUGGGCUCUUGGCUGUGUUAUGGUCAGCAUGUACAUCAACAAUAACUUGUUUUCAGGAAAAUGUGAGCUGGGAACAAUGGAGGAAAUUGUGCAGUUGCUUGGUCAUCCUGAUGAUCACUUGCUGAACACUGGAGUUUAUACUCGUAAAUAUUUUUAUAAAGACAAAGACUCAUGGAAGAUGAAAACAGAGUGCAGCUGUUCAACAGGGAACAGCUCAUUGAGCUCUGUCAGCAGCAGCGAGAUGACCCCAGUUCAUGAGCCGCUAAACAGCAUCUCUUCCAAAUCAUUUUCCAGUCUUAGCGACAUUGUGCUGACUCGACCAGGCACUGCCGGAUGUGAGGACACACAGACCUUUAUAAUCUUCCUGACAGAGAUUCUACAAGUAGAUCCAAGAAAAAGAAUUAAUUCAAGUGAAGCUCUAAGUCAUCCUUUUUUCACCAUGAAGCAGUUUCCCAGUGAGUUUGUCAACAGCAGGUCAUCAGAUCAUGGAAAAAAUGCUACUACCGCUAAUGAAAAGCCAGCACCUACUUCUCGGUCGGAUACAGCAGCUACUCUCAUAGACAGAACGGCUGCCAUCAAAGACAACAGGCCAAAAAGCCUGUGCGUUCUGGCUAACAUGGACGAUGAUGCUUUGGAUGAGAUUUCACUGACAUCGAGUCAUGAUUCUGAUGUGGAUAAAAGUAGCAAUGAGGAAAGAAGCAGAGGUCCGAGAGGGAAGGUCAAAAGUAACUUUUUUAAAAGGAUUCACACAUUUGUCUCAAGACUGUUUAAGAAGGGGGCUUCAAGUAGUCACACAGGGGGUUCAGUAGAUCAGGAAGAAAAAUUUGCUCCAAGUAUUGAUAAACCACAACCCACAGCUAUCAUAGAUGAAGCCAUUACCCUUUGCACAAACAAUGAACUCAUUGGCACGGCGGAAACCGCAGCUUCUGGCACUGGAAACGGAUCGCAGGAAAAAAAAUAUGCAGAUGAUUUCAUGGUUGAUAACACUUCACUCGCUACAGUAAGUCUUGUUUCUGAUGACAGCAAAAUGAGCACCGAUGACGCAACCACCACUUCGAGAGUUAGAGCCAAAAAACGUUUCUUUGACAGAAUUCAAAGAUUAGUUUCAAAGCUGUUUAACAGAGUAGAUUCCACUGAAAUGGUGAGUAACUCAUUAGACUGUGCAGAAACUGCAGCUACAAGCGCUGCUCUGCUACCAUCGUCCACAGGGACCAUGGAGGAAGCAAUUGUAAUUUGUACAAACAGUGGAAUCAAUGCAUCGCCCUCUCCUGUAGCUCUCAAAUCCAGAGCUGGAACUCCUGUCUGACUCUGGUUUUUGAAAUUCAAACAAUUCCAAAUUCCCUGUGUUCAGAGACAUUGCCUCACAGACAUUCUUUGUCCAUGCCUCCGCUUGGCCUGUUGAAAGAGUAGUUAGUAAUUAACAUGUUUGAUGAGGCCUUACACUGGAAAGCUGACUUGUCCAUCUAUGUCAGAUCUUUUGUUUAUGAAAUACAACAUAAAAGCUUUUCACUAGUCCUGCCAGCCUUCCGUCAAACAAUGUCAAUGUCUUUUGUGAACUGACACUGCUGUUUCCUCUUCCACUAAAGUUAUCACUUUGACCACAUUUCGUUUAACAUGAGAAGCAAAACUCAACGGAUGGACUUAGAUGAAGUUCUGUAAGGAUGUAGAUUAUCACCCAGAGAAGAAAUUGUUAGUUUGGUGGUGGUCAGGACAUAUUUGUAUCUGAAGAGAACAGGUGUUACUGAUGCAAGCUUACAGGAAGAAGGGGACAUUUGUAUGUUUGCAUCCUGUUUCACUAAUUUGUUAUACUUAUAGUAAAGGGCCUUUAUAAUGGUGAAAGCAUUUGUCAGUUAUUUGUUUUGUAGAAUUGGCCACAGUGUUUAAAAAAUAUUUGUCUUUGUUACCUUAAUUCCUGUCUUCCACAACACUGACAAAAGCUGGUAAGUGACAUACUGUACUAAUUACAGACCCAUCAAUGAAUCACGCUUUGAUUUUAAUCAUAAGUGACAGGUCUUUUUUUGGUAAGGGUCAUUAGACUCUAUAUGUCAUCAUGUUGUAAAAGGUAUCUAAAAAUUAGUCACAAAACAAGGAAAACACUGUUAACGUCACUAUGCUUUGCCAGUCAUGCCAUGGCAGUUAUGAAAGCAACAUCAACAAAUUCAGCGCCAGAAGUCUGAGGUAUUCAGGGCUGGCUCAGGUGAACCAGAGUUAUCCCUUAGAAUUUCUGCUGUGGGCCCUGAACUGCCCAUGUUGCAUGGAGCACCCUCUACAUAAAAGAAACACAUGCAUAUUCUUGUCUUCUCUUUUUUCCAAUAGUUUGUGCCCUUUUUCUCUCUCCUUGUUACUGACAUCACCUUAUAUGUUUGUGUGACCAAAGAACUGCUGGGCGUAAUCUAUAUCUAAUACCACUGACAUUAUUAAUAUAGUUUUUAUAAUUAUUAAAAUCUAACUCAGUUUGACUACUUGUAACUUU